CGGGAUCUGGCGCACCAGCAGAUGGCGGCUUCCCACUUCUGCGCGAGACGCGGAGAAAUCACCACGAGAGGAGCAGGAGGAGCGCGAGCGAAGCAACAGACUGGAUGACUUUUACUCUGAGCCUGCUGUUAUCUCAGCGAGGGACCAAAGGGCGGAAAAGUAGGAACCACAGCGACUAACAGCCGCUGAAAGAGCCGAGGAGAAACCCGAAGAAGUACAGGAGCUUUGAUUCUUUCUUCUGUCUGUGCACGAAGUGACAGAAAAGAAGACAGACUGCGCAAGAGGUAGCGGCCCGUCGCCAUGCAGCACUACGGGGUGAACGGCUACUCCCUGCACGCCAUGAACUCCCUCAGCGCCAUGUACAACCUGCACCAGCAGGCCGCACAGCAGGCGCAGCACGCGCCUGACUACCGGCCGUCCGUGCACGCGCUCACGCUUGCCGAAAGACUAGCAGACAUCAUCCUGGAGGCUCGCUACGGCUCUCAGCACCGCAAACAGCGCCGCAGCCGCACGGCCUUCACCGCACAGCAGCUGGAGGCGCUGGAGAAGACUUUCCAGAAGACCCACUACCCGGACGUGGUGAUGCGGGAACGACUGGCCAUGUGCACCAACCUGCCGGAGGCCCGAGUUCAGGUUUGGUUCAAAAAUCGCAGGGCAAAGUUUCGUAAGAAGCAGCGUAGCCUCCAGAAGGAGCAGCUCCAGAAGCAGAAGGAGGCGUCAGGGGAAGGAGGGAGCGAGAAAGAGGACGCGCCUGCCUCCACCACUAUCCUACCUGACACCCAGCUUCCCCCUUCAUCCUCCUCCUCAUCCUCCUCUUCCCUGGAGACGGAGAUCCGUCCUGUACCGCUGGACAUGGAGCUGAACGUCACGUCAGCAGAACAUUCAGGCAGCGAGUCAGCGACAGAGGAUAAUACCACAGAUAAGGAGGACGAGAGUAAAUGUCAGAGGGAGGAGAUGAAGUGUGAGCGGCCGGUGACACCUGGGGACAUCUCCCCGAGUUGCAAACGACUCAGUCCUAAACCAGAUUCUCCCCUGGUCUCUCCAUCAGUGACGCCCUCCUCCUCCAGCAGCAGCUUGGCCGGCGCUGGUCCUCUCUCCCAGAGUCACUCUUACUCUUCCUCCCCCCUCAGCCUGUUUCGUCUGCAGGAACAGUUCCGCCAACACAUGGCUGCCACCAACAACCUGGUCCACUACCCUGCUUUCGACCUCGCCGCCCCGUCUUCACUUCCCUACCUAGGAAUGAAUGUUAACAUGCCGCCCGCCCCACUGGGCUCUCUGCCAUGCCAGUCCUACUACCAGUCCCUGUCCCAUCACGCUCAGCAGGUGUGGAACAGCCCGCUGCUGCAGGCGUCUGCUGCGGGCGGCCUCACCAGCCACAACAGCAAGACCACCAGCAUCGAGAACCUGCGUCUGAGGGCCAAACAGCACGCUGCCUCGCUGGGACUGGACACGAUGUCUAACUGAGGAUCAGACUGUGUAGGGGACAGUGUAACCUACAUCAGAGCCUCAGCUGGCACGUCACCCCCAUUUUACUGCGAGUCCGUGUGACUCUGAUAGCUCUUUAGGAACAACAUACGGAUGUCUUCUCCAGGCAUACAGGAUGUCCGAAAAUAAAACGCACCAACAUGCACCUACACAUCUCCAUUCAACCCCUCUCUAAGACCGACCAAACUCCCACGAGUUAUUUGACUCCCCACAGCUUCUGUUGCAGCUCAAGGCCCAAAAGUUCAUCCCUUGGAAAAGAAACUCACUUCUAAAGGAAGACGCAAUGAUUCAAGUGAAUGUCACAUCCUGAAGGACAAUGGACAUAUUCCAUCAAAAUAUGAUGUUUCAAACAGACAUGUAAUGCUGGACUGUCUGAACAUUACACUAAUUUAAAAAAAAAAAAAAAAGAAUGAAAAUGAUGUGAACAGCUGUUGAUGGAUGCACUCAGUUUAAAAGACAAUGCAAAUGAUGUUUACAAGAAUAAUGUGAAUAAAUGAGGCACUUUGGAAGGAAUUAGGCUUGUUGGCCAGGAGGGAAAAGAUGUUUCACUUGUGCAGUAAAGAGACAUUUCAAUUAAGCAAUGUGGUUAUGUACAUAGCAUGUACUACAUACAAUAAGAGCACAUAAAUAAAAAUAAACCCAUGUUGUCCUCAACAGCAUAAUUACAAGUGACUAAUUUACCAGUUAAAUGGCCAGUAAUAUGCCACUUUGUACAGAGCCUGACUUGAUAAUGAGAAAAUGAUUUCAGUGACUAAAUUCUCAGAGCUUUUAAUUACAUUUUGCCCUAGGCCGAGGGAGUCGGGGCAAAUGCAAUUACGAACAUGCAUACCAUUUAAAGCCGCCUUUACGAAUUCAAAAGGUCUGUACGCCACAACGGUCGAUUAAGGCAGCCACGUGACACGCAACAUCCCCUCACAUCGAGCUGAUCAUUUUCUGCAGACAGGAAAUGAUGGGAAACACAUGAGGACUUUUAGUUAGAUGUUGUCUUGACUCGUCUCAGCAUUUAUUCUGGCCUUAAUAUUCUCUUGAGGAAACAUGCAGCUUUUCAUUGAGCGUCACACUGACUGUUAGCACUUCAUGAGGAGGAUCACAGACAUCUGAUGUUUUCCGUUAAUGCCUCCUGGAUUAUAAUGUCUUCAAAGGGGGAAAAAAAGCACAUUAUUUUAAUAUGUAAAGUACGAAAAAAAAAAGUCUAUCUAUUAAUGUUUACUGGUAAGGUAAUUGUAAAGUUCCUAUUAUGUUGUAUAAUUGAUAAUGGACUCAGAUAAAAUUAGCUGUCGGAUUGUAAGAUUGUAUUUGCUGAGCUCACUGGCAGCCCUGUCUACGCCUCUUCCUCUCUCGGUCGUCUGUGUGCUGCUCCUGGGUUGAAUUGUUAUCCAAAGUGUAUCCGUUUCUUUUCAGGAAUUAACCUGAAAGAAGGAAUUAAACACAUUUUGGAUUUUUUGGGAGGCGAGGAAAACCACCUCUAAUUUGUAAUCAAUCCUGACAGAGAGUUCCAAGCGAAAAUAUUUCCGCGAGUAAUCGAGCCGAGUCCUGUGUGUACUGCUGUCUUGACUCUAUUUGAGUUCUGUUGUUGUUUCUAAUGGUGUUCCCCCGACUGUUUCUGUCCAGCUACUUGGUCCAGUGGUAGAUAGAUUAAUGACGGUGGAGGAGAGAGUGACGGGACCAUCAGCAGUGUUGUUUCCUUUGCUCCUCCCAAUAAUGUAGACUUGAAACUAGUGUUGUUGUAAAAUAACUGCAAAUAAAAACAUUGCUUGAAGAUC